CGUAAAAAAUAUUAGUUGUAGUUUAUACUUAUUUACACAACACUAGUAAAAGGUAAGUUUUUAAAUCAAUAAUCGAUAUGUUUCAUUUAUUCGAUAUCAAAGCUUUGUCGUCUGGUUGUCAAGGGAAACGAACUUACAAACAUUCUGUCAUUUUUUGUCAUUUUUCACACAGACUGAACUAUUUUUCACACGACCAUGGACAACGCUACCGAGAAGGAAAAUGGUGUGACUAGAUCCAUUACUUUGAACUUGAAUCAAACCACCCAAUUAGUUUUACCUUCUACUGACAAUGAGAUUUCGAGUCCUAAACUAAGCGAACCAAGACAUCUAUUUUCUCUUCAAAGAGAACUUGGUCCACAACAAGCCCCACGUUGGCCAGCAGAAUGCCAGAUGGCAGUUGCCACACCUAAACACAUCCUUAAGUGCCUCUCAGAAAGGGAGCCUUACUAUCAAGCAUCAGGAACGGAACCAGAACCAUCUCCUUGGGGAGAUGAAGUCCUUAAGAGUGGAGGAGACUUGGUUUAUUGUUACAUACCAGAAAGCACAGCCCCAUAUUUUACAAGAUCCAGCACUGCCAAUGGCCUUGCACCAGCGGAUGACAAUCGAUUCUUCGUACCAGAUGAUUCGCUCAUAUUCGAAUCUCGUUUCGAAUCGGGCAAUUUAUCGAAAGUCUUUAGAAUAACAGGGAACUUUUACGAACUUCACUUGCGUCCCGAUCUGUACACUUCCAGACAUUUACAGUGGUUUUAUUUUAGCAUUAAAAACAUGCAAGCUAGAACCACCUAUCGGUUUUCUAUAGUUAACUUUGCCAAAGCCGACAGCCUUUAUUUAGAAGGAAUGAAACCUCUCAUGUAUUCGGAAAACCGUGCUGAUGCAGAAGGAAUUGGUUGGACCCGUUGUGGCACUCGGAUCGCGUAUUAUCGCAAUGAUAACGUGAGAGAUGGCACCAAUCCUACUCACACUCUGAGCUUCACUUUAGAAUUUCCACAUUCGGAUGAUACUGUGUACCUAGCCUAUUGCUAUCCAUACACAUAUUCUUAUUUGCAAGAUAGGCUACUUUUUAUUCAGAACGACGAAGAACGUGCCCAAUAUUGUAAAAUUCGUCUAUUAUGUCGAAGCUUGGCCGGUAAUAGCGUGCAUGUCCUGACUAUAACUAGUCCCAGCACCGAAGAUUCAGAGAAAUCUGGAAUCGUUCUUACAGCAAGGGUCCACCCGGGAGAAACUCCAAGUUCGUGGAUAAUGGAUGGUGUUUUGGACUUUCUGACUGGACCUAGUGCCUGUGCUCAAGAGUUGCGUGAAAAGUUUAUUUUCAAAAUUAUCCCUAUGCUAAACCCUGACGGCGUUAUUGUUGGCAACACCCGAUGUUCUCUUGCUGCGCGCGACCUUAAUCGACAAUACCGUGUCGUCAGUAGAGAGUGUUAUCCAUCCGUUUGGCACGUUAAAAUGUUGAUAAGAAAGUUAAUGGAAGAACGUCCAGUGGCAUUCUAUUGUGAUUUCCACAGUCAUUCUCGAAAACACAAUGUAUUCAUAUACGGAUGUGAAGAUAAAGACUUAAACGAUCUACCUUUAAUAGAACAAGUUUUUCCGUUGAUGAUGCACAAAGCUUCUAAUGGCAAGUUCGAUUUUGAGAAUUGCAAAUUUGUGGUCCAGCGUGCUAAAGAAGGAACUGGAAGAGUGGUCAUGAAACAACUUGGCGUUCAGUACAGUUACACACUGGAAGCUUCCGUUUGUGGAACUCUGACCGGAUCAGAUAGUUCUUUAGUACAAACUCAUUUUAGUAUUCAAGACUAUCAGGAAAUUGGCCAUGUUUUCUGCGAAACUUUAGCAAAUUUCUUCAAUCCAAUUCCAACCCGGGUCCAUUGGAUUGAACGUGCUUUACGUUAUUUAUCAAAUGCUGGAUCCACGGCAGAAGAACCUAUUUACGUUAGAGUUCCCGACGAUGAUAGUCCUGAGGAAGAAAAUGCCAAAAGGUGCUUUCAGUCGAGAAGAUUUUCCCUACUGGUCAACGGCUCUCAUAAAAAAACAGAUUUUCUUCAGGUUGCUCGCUGUAUAAGCCAACUGAACGUGCAAAUGUCGCGUUUGAAUUGUGGACCACGUUCGCGGUCUAAUUCUUUUUCUCCCUCUCCGUCCAGAUCGCCUUCUUUAAAAUCGUAUCUUUCAGCGUCAGCAUCUCCUAGAAGCGGUCCAUCGCCAACUAUAUCUUCCAGUAGAAUUAAACCCAAAGAUCUUCCUCAGAGGAGAAGACCUAAAAAAUUAAUUCGAAGUCUGACUCUGCCUAGUGUUGACAAUGCCUUGCCUGUUACGGUAUCAUUUCCUAGCAGUUCCGAAUCCGAAGAUAAAACUACUUCAUCUGCGAAAGUUUCCUCGCCAAAAGUUAAAAAUCAAAUCUUAGUUGAUUUUCAAGCAAAAACAGCUUCAGUGAAUGGAAUUUUUCUCCGAACCCAUCUUCCUUCUGCGAUUAAUGGAAGAAAUGUUCCUACAAUCAAUAGACCAGAUUCGCUUCGAGGAAUGCAAAAGAAAGUACCAGAACCGGGUUUGAAAGGCGCAAAACCCAAAGCUCAGUUCACACUUCAGGUCGUAAAAGAUGUGAACAGAUUGAAAUCCUUAUCAGAUAGCCCACCUGGGACUGCUCAGAAAACAAAACAAUCACAAACAACCACUACACUACCUAAGAAAAAAUCGAAGAAGAAACACGCUAAAAUUCUAAACGCAAACGUUAAAACUGAACUUUAUCGAGUUGGAGCACUCAGCCGUGUGCUGAAUGCUAUGAAGAAAUGAUCUUGUAUUGUUGUUAGUUGGAAUAUUUGCUUUUCCCGAUAAUACAGUUUUAGAUGAAAAUUA